CUGGAAACGUGAACAGGGAAAAACUACAAUGUAUAUAUUUUUAUUAUUGAAAAAAUAUUUUAGAUACUAUAUAUAUAUAUUAGAUAGAUAUUAUUGGAAAAUGUACUAAAAUAUAUUGAAAAGAGUAUAUUAAAAUGAAUCAGGUAUAAAGUGGACACAAUACAUAUUUAAAUAACAGUUAUAUAGCCUAAACAAGCAUGGGGAUAAAAAGAUAAAAAGAUAGAAAGAUCAGAAAGUUAGAAAGAAAAACAGAGAGACAGAAAAAAGAGAGACCAAAAGAAAGACAGACAGACAGACAGAAAGUUAUUGAAGCAGGGGCUCAUAUGUAUAAGAAAAAAUGUUAAAUUUGUGAUUUGGUGAAAUAGGUGUUAUAGAUAUUCACCAGGAGAAGUGUUACUUCUCCAUCGAUCGAUUAUCGCACACCGAUUCACAUCCUCCAGGAAAAAGGGUGCACGGCUCCUUUAAGAGAUUCAAAACAGUCAUGUACUUCCUGUGUGCUAGCUCCGGUGUUAACUGCGACAACACUUUUAUACACUAUUAUCAUUAGAAGGUCAACAAGUAAUAGAAACGUAUUUCUGACUUUACAGAGAGACAGGGUGGUUAACAGUGGGUUUGGAUGACGUGAUGGCAGGCAGGAAAAGAAAGAUGGCGGCGGCAGCAGGUGAGCAAGAUGUAAAUACACGUGAAAAGCAGACAGGUGAGGAAGAGGAGAAGAGAAGUGGGAGUUUAACUGGGAAUGACCUGCAGCUCAGACUGGGAGAGGAGUUCUUCCAGCAGCCUUGUAUCAGUCUGGCUAAAGCAUUCCUGGGAAAGGUGCUGGUCCGCAGGUGUGCAGAUGGCGCUGAGCUGCGAGGGAGAAUAGUGGAAACUGAAGCCUACCUGGGUGGAGAGGACCGAGCCUCACACUCAGCGGGAGGCAAACGCACAAAGAGGAACACGGCCAUGUUCAUGAAGCCAGGCACAAUUUAUGUGUAUCCCAUUUAUGGCAUCCACCUCUGCAUGAAUGUGUCCAGUGAAGGGGAGGGGGCUGCCGUGCUGCUGCGCUCUGUCGAGCCCCUACAGGGUCAGUCCGUCAUGAGGAGGCUGAGGGAAGCCAGACGCAAAGAGGGAGCCCGACAACUUAAGGACAAAGAGCUCUGCAACGGGCCUUCGAAGCUGUGCCAAGCUCUAGAUAUACCACGCGGUUUUGACUGUCGAGACCUGGCCUCAGAUCCAGAGGUGUGGCUGGAAGGGGACCCCAACACAAGUCCAGCAGAAACUAACAAUAUAGUAGCGGCACCACGUGUUGGAAUCGAGUCCCAUGGCGAAUGGGCCAAGAAGCCAUGGCGGUUUUAUCUUCGAGGGCAUCCCUGUGUUAGUGUAUUGAAUAAAGAAGCAGAGAGACAGCCUCAGCCUGGAAAUGUCAUAAAUGAUUUAGGUUCCUCAGACGUGCAGCCUGACACAGGACAGAACCAUGUCAAAAGGACUUAACAGGAUGAUUCCUGAAAAACACUCCUCCAUCUGUUCCCUCUGUGGACUUCACCAUUUAAGUAGAAUAAAAACUACAGAAUUUUCUCCACUAACUCCCUUACAUCAUCUUGAUCUUAAAAAUUCUUAGGACAAGAUGGUAAAAUAAAAUCCAUGAUCAGUUCAGAUUCUAAAUUCAGCUCUGUCACGCAUCUGUCUAUCUCUCUUUCUUCCAUCUGUGUUUUUUAAUAAACAUUCGUACUUGGACAA